UACCCGGAAGCUGUUACUCGGAAGCUGUUACUCGGAAGUAGUGACCCGGAAGUGUAUUGGGUGUGACGGGGUCGGCGCGGCUGUCAUGGCGUCGAGCGUGGCGCGCGGGGCUCGCAGACAGAAGUGGAGCGUCGAGUUCACAGCCAGGGUACGUGGGGAUCUGGUGGCCCCGGUCGGAUUCUCCGACCGACCUCUCUCCGUCUCCAACAUCCGCGAGCAUGACCAGGACCUCGUCGACAAGCGCUGCUGGGACAUUGCCCUGGGACCGCUGAAGCAGAUCCCCAUGAACUUGUUCAUCAUGUACAUGGCUGGGAACACCAUUUCCAUCUUCCCCAUCAUGAUGGUCUGCAUGAUGGCAUGGAGACCCAUACAGGCCCUCAUGGCCAUGUCUUCAACCUUCAAGCUGCUGGAGGGGUCGACCCGCCCGCGCCUGCAGGGCGCCGUCUACCUGGUGGGCAACGUCCUGGGCCUGGCCCUGGCCGUCUACAAGUGCCAGGCCAUGGGGCUGCUGCCCACCCACGCCUCAGACUGGCUCGCAUUCAUAGAGCCACAGCAGAGUCUGGAGUUCUCCGGCGGCGGAAUUCUGCUGUGAGAACUUCUCAGAGUGUCUCAAGGUAUCAAGACAGAGACACCUCCCCCCCCUCCCCGGGGGGUCUCAAGACAGAGACACCGAUCCCGAGACCCCCCGGGAAUCUCAAGACACUGGUUCUGAGCCACACCCCCAGGGGGCCUCAACUCUAAGACUCCGAUCACCGAUGAGACCGGCGUCUUCAAGACUCCGAUCACCGAUGAGACCGGCGUCUUCAAGACUCCGAUCCCGAUGAGACCGGCGUCUUCAAGACUCCGAUCCCGAUGAGACCGGCGUCUUGAAGACUCCGAUCCCGAUGAGACCGGCGUCUUCAAGACUCCGAUCACCGAUGAGACCGGCGUCUUCAAGACUCCGAUCACCGAUGAGACCGGCGUCUUCAAGACUGCGAUCCCGAUGAGACCGGCGUCUUCAAGACUCCGAUCCCGAUGAGACCGGCGUCUUGAAGACUCCGAUCACCGAUGAGACCGGCGUCUUGAAGACUCUGAUCACCGAUGAUACCGGCGUCUUCAAGACUCCGAUCACCGAUGAGACCGGCGUCUUGAAGACUCCGAUCACCGAUGAGACCGGCGUCUUGAAGACUCCGAUCCCUCAAGGACGCCCACCCCCCCCCCUCCCCAGCGUGUGAAAAAAAUAAACGACCACAUUCCACGUCAUUAAAUUGCUCCCAAGCCUACGAUUCUGCCGUUUGCCCCGUGAACCACCCCGGGGGCAAAGCGCGUGCCUGUUUGAUGGGCGAGCCUGUGUUGUCCGUGGUGCGUCAGUAAAGUAUCUUCGAAAGUA